UCAUGCAUAAACUUGCUGUUUUGAGGAAAAAAUACAUUGAAAGUGAACUAGAAGCUGCAAGGAGAUGGUCUCACAAAUGGGGAUUCUUGAAGACACCACCUGAAGAGUUGAUUGAAGAUGAAAAGAAAGAAAAUACAAAGCCCAAGAUACAGCUUCCAGAACAUCUGCAGGUUCGACCUGUGACACCUGUGGAAAAAUACAUUAAGGUGAUUCCAUCUCCUCCAGUACCUAAGACUACCCAGGGAUUUAUUGGCUGGAGAUCAGCUGUUCCAGGGUUGGAACUUGAAUGUGGUUUUCAAAUCCAAAGCUGCAAAGGUACCUUUUCUAAGGAUUUGAAGUGGCCAUGUGAGCCCUCGGACUGACAUUGAGAAAUAACAGUUAGGCACACAGAUGGAUUUGCAUCCCUAAGUUAACGUUUUAUAGAGAGCUGUUGUACCAUUAAACAUUUAUGCUUUAAAAAUGAUUUAUGUAAACAUCCACAAUCAUUUUCGUAAGGUGCGAACAAUUUUGAUGUAGCAUUUUACUUGUUACUGUUUUUUUUUAAAUCUGUGGCAUCCAUGCUGUUAACACUGCUUCAGGUUGACUUAGAAAUAACGAUGAAUAAACUCAUAUAAAGAUCACAGAGCAGGUACUACUUUUAUUAGCAUUAGUAAGACUAUGAUUUUAAAAUAUUUAUUGGAAGUCUUUAAAAAACUUGUUUCGUAGGGACAGAGUACAUUUAUGUAAUUGUUUCACCAUGAAAGCCUCCAUUCAGAUUGUUUCAUAGCAGCUUUUUCAAACAUAAAUAGACUGCCGUGUUCCUGACAGUCCUACCCUGCUGCUCAUUCCCAAUUCAUCACUUACCAGUAUUGGAAUCUGUGUUUAGAAUUAGUUUUCAAUCGGCACUCUGAGCUGGCCCACUGUUGAGUUGCUCAAGUGUCUGUGCUAGAACAAAAGCAUCUCUUUUGUACAGAAAGAGAAUGAGAAGAGGCAGAGAAGAGUAGCAGGCAUGACUUAAAUUGGCUCAGGCUGCUGUAGAACUGCAUCCUUGCUUUUGUAAAUAAGCUUUCCUCAUUAAAAAGCAAAACAAAGAAACAACACCUGCAGAAAAGAUAACUAUCAGGCUUCAUCAUAGCGUGUCCACUGCAGCUUGAAAAAAACAGGUAAAUCACAAGUAUAGUUAAGUCAUAACAAUUAAAAGCAUUCUUAAUUAAAAGAAUUUUAAAAAUUAAUUAAAAGUGUUCUGUGUGCUUUACAGGAAGUUUGUGUAGUUACACACAUAAGUAAUUGAGUAGUUCCCAGUGCAGCUGUUGGAUUGGUAUAAAUAAAGCAUACAAAGGCCACAGAGACACAAAGUCACUUUCAAAAAUCAGUUUUGGUAUCAAAACAGGUUUUUUUCAAUUAGCUGAUCAGAAUGCAAAUGCGUUACAUUGCUUCAAUUUGUUUAUACCAGUAUUUAUAUCAACCAGGACUGGUGAAAGACUCAGAAGUUGCACUGGGAGUUACUGGUGUAGCGAUCUCACUGCACUCCAUUACCUACCUGAAGGUUUGCCAGUGCUUUUGGAAACUCAGAAGGAGACUCAUUUAGUUGUCGCAACUAUUUGCAAGAUAUAGUUCUAGUUGGCUAACAUGUUUAAAUAGAAGAUUGUUUAAACAAGAGCCUCCAAGAAAUCAACACAGGCAGCUCCUUCUAACUCCUUAUUACUUCAAGAGGAAAGACUUUCCUCUUUAAUCCUGCUGCAAGAUCUCCUUUGUAUUCUGCAGCUAUCAGUAUCUACUUCUUGAGUCAGCAGUAAGUCCUUGGCUUUCUUAGCAGUAGGUCAACAGCUAGUGUUUGUUCUUUCCUUCUUCCCAAGAAAUGACUCACAAUGAUCAACAUCCCACCUAUUUUUUUACAUCCAGUUCCAAAUGCCCACAAAAUAAUAAUAUUUACUUUUUCCAUAUUCUUUACAAAUAAUGAAGUGACUCAUAUCCUUUGGAAAGAUUACCCAAGAAUGAGAAUACAUAGCAUAAGUAACUUCAGACACAUUACUUAAAAACCAGAAUAAAGAAUAACUUGGAAUCAGACUCUGGAAAUUUAAACUAAAUUGCAGUUUAGCUACUAACUAUCAUGUGUGUAAACAGUUCUUCGAACAAGCAAGAUAAUUUAAGAACAAUAUUUUAAAUCGGUGUGCUUUCUUGUCAUUGCUAGGUUUGUAUCUAUUUAUUUUAAUCACAUGGUUCUUCAGUUUAAGGUCACGUAUAGAUCCUCUUAUUCUGGUCUGAUUUCUAUAAAGAGGUAUAGUCAAGAUUAAUCUGUAAUUUAGUAGCAACAAAAUUACAUGAAUUCAGGCCAAAUGAAA